AGCCCUUCCAACCACCAAAAGGUUUCCGUGACAUCUUCAAAAAGGAAGGUCCGGAAGCAUUCGCCAAAGCCAUCAGACAGCAUAAGGGGUUGCUGCUGAUGGACACCACGUUCCGUGAUGCUCAUCAGUCCCUUCUGGCCACUCGCGUGAGAUCGCACGAUCUUCUACUGAUAUCGCCCUUCGUCGCACAACAAUUCAACUCUCUUUAUUCCCUGGAAAAUUGGGGUGGCGCUACUUUUGACGUCGCCCUUAGGUUCCUUCACGAGUGUCCAUGGGAACGAUUGGAAGACAUGAGGAAAGCCAUACCGAACAUCCCGUUCCAAAUGCUUCUCAGAGGUGCCAACGCUGUCGGUUACACUAAUUACCCGGAUAACGUUGUCUUCAAGUUCUGUGAGCUGGCUGUGCAGACGGGAAUGGACGUGUUCAGAGUGUUCGACUCGUUGAACUAUCUGCCAAAUUUGAUUAUUGGCAUGGAAGCAGCUGGCAAAGCGGGCGGUAUUGUCGAGGCUGCGAUUUCGUACACGGGAGAUGUGAGUGAUCCAAGAAAGACGAAAUACGACCUGAAGUACUACACGAAUUUGGCGGAUGAGUUAAUAAAGGUCGGUACUCAUGUCCUGGCGAUCAAGGAUAUGGCAGGCUUAUUGAAACCGAACGCCGCUAGAAUGCUGAUCGACGCGAUCAGACAGAAACAUCCCGAUGUACCAUUGCAUAUUCAUACGCACGACACAGCAGGGGCUGGAGUGGCGUCCAUGUUGGCCUGCGCGGAAAGUGGAGCGGAUGUUGUUGACGUCGCUGUUGACAGUAUGUCUGGCAUGACCAGUCAACCCUCCAUGGGUGCCAUAGUUGCGGCUCUUAUUGGGACGCCAAACGAUACCAAAUUUGAUCUCCGCGACGUGUCAGAGUAUUCUGCUUAUUGGGAGCAAACUAGAACACUGUAUGCUCCGUUCGAGUGCACAACGACAAUGAAGUCCGGUAACGCAGACGUAUAUUUGAACGAAAUUCCUGGAGGCCAGUACACGAACCUUCAGUUCCAAGCCUAUUCCCUUGGACUGGGGGAAUUCUUCGAAGAUGUCAAGAAAGCUUACAGAGAAGCCAAUCUGUUGCUCGGUGAUAUCAUCAAAGUCACACCAAGUUCAAAAGUUGUCGGCGAUCUCGCUCAAUUUAUGGUCCAAAAUAAGCUCUCUUCCGAGGAUGUCCUGAACAAGGCCGAGGAGCUGUCCUUCCCCAAAUCGGUAGUCGAGUUCCUGCAGGGCGCUAUUGGUGUACCGUAUGGAGGAUUCCCUGAGCCUCUUAGGUCAAAAGUCUUGAAAGACAUGCCGCGAAUAGAGGGAAGGCCCGGAGCAAGCUUGCCUCCGUUAGACUUCGCUGCUCUCAAGACUAAACUGCAAGAAUCUCAUCCCCACAUCUCGAACAAGGACGUCAUGUCGGUGGCGCUGUAUCCCGAAGUUACAAAUGAUUUCUUAACAUUUAGAGAAAAUUAUGGACCAGUAGAUAAGCUGGAAACGAGGAUUUUCUUAACGGGACCGAAGGUCGGAGAGGAGUUCGAUGUUACCAUCGAGAAGGGUAAAACAUUAGCUUUCAAGACUCUGGCCGUUGCGGAGGAUCUAACACCGAAUGGAGAACGGGAAGUGUUCUUCGAAAUGAACGGUCAGCUCCGAUCUGUGUUCAUUCUGGACAAGGAAGCUGUCAAGGAAAUCCAUGUACACCCGAAAGCUAGCAAAGGAGACAAAAGCCAAGUCGGGGCACCCAUGCCUGGUACUGUGAUCGAAAUUAGGGUAAAAGUUGGUGACACUGUUGAGAAAGGAGCGCCGUUGGUCGUCUUAUCGGCGAUGAAGAUGGAAAUGGUGGUGCAAGCGCCAAUGGCUGGGAAGAUCAAGACUCUCGACGUCUCUCAGGGAAUGAGAUUAGAGGGAGAUGAUCUAGUUUUGACCAUAGAAUAGAGCUGUGCAUCCCGUGAGAUGAGAACGUCGCUGAAAUCACAUCGUUGUAUACAUUCUUAAGGCAAGAGUACAUUUUCUUUAAUUGAUAGCCGCUGGACGCCGUAACUAUUUGUAUAAAGAGUUUUAUUCGUCUAAGAACCUGUAGGGAAUAGAAAUUGUACAUAAUCUAGUUGUAACAAAAAGUCGAAUAUACACGGAAUUUUUAUUUUAAAUCUCAAAGACGGAUCAUUUAACAGGCGACUGCACGGCGGAUAUUGGGUCUAUUUGGACCCAUUAUG